AUGCUUAAGGGCUAACAUUAACUUCCUGAUUUUAUGGCUGUCAUAAUUGUUUAUGGAAUUAUUAUUAGUGAAUAUUAUGCUUUCAUGUUUAUCUUUCUACCUGCAUUUUUUAAUAAAGUAUUCGUUUUUUCAUAAAUAUUAGCAUAAUGUUGUUGCUUAUUUCAUUGGAAUAGAAUUCACUAUUAUAUUUAUCUUCUUGAAUUUUGCUUACAUUAUGAUCUAAUAUACUAAACCUGGGUAUCCUCCAAAAGAUUUAGUAUAUACAAUUUCAUAAAAAUAGGCUAAACAUUAUCAUGAAAGAACUUUAGAAGACAUCAAAUAAAGAACAAAAAAAAUGACUGAAAAGAUUAAUAAAUAUAGAUAGAGAAAAAUGCAAAACCAUUUUUAAUUAUAAGAUUAGAAUGAUGAUGAAAUUGUAAUAAAAUUAUUUUAUAAUAUGGUUCUAGCGAUAUUAUUUAAGCAUUAUAAUUAGUUUCAUACUGUUUCAAAUGUGAUAAUAUAAAAUUACCAAGAACUCAUCAUUGUAAAGAAUGCAAUAAAUGUAUUUUAAGAAUGGUAAAUCAUUAUAAUCAUAAUUAUUUCAAUUAGGAUCAUCAUUGUCCUUGGGUCAAUAAUUGUGUAGGUUUAAAAAAUCACAGAUAUUUUUGUUAAUUUAAUUUCUAUGCUAUUCUCUGCAUGAUUUAAUGUACUUUAUUUAUAUCCUAUGAUUUAUUUGGAAAUGAGAAAUUUGUAUUAUAAGUAAAUUUUACAUUAUUAUUAUAGGAACUCUCAAAAAAUCAAUAAUUUAUAUUAACCAUUUGUGAUAUUACUUGUUUUGCUUUGGUUGUUGCGAUGGGAUUUCUUUUAGGAUUUCAUCUUUAUCAUAUUGCAUAUAAUAUUACAACUGUCGAAUACCAUAUUAAUGAAAUUAAAGCUAAUGUAUAUAACAAUUGUAUAUUACUUUAAGAACCCUUUCUAAAAACCAAGAAUUAUUGAUAAUUUUAAAGAAGUCUUAGGUCCUAAUCUCAAAUAUUGGUUCCUUCCUAUUAGAAAUGUAGAAAAGAAUUCCUUUCCAAGAACGGACCUUUUUGAAGUUUGA